AUGAAAAAAACGGUGAUAGCUUUAAAUCGAAGAAAAACUGAUAUUUUAUCACCGAUUAUACGGCCAUAUUCUAUGUUUGGAUCAAGAAAGAGACUUUUGUUCAAGAAAGGACAGAACUUUGGAAGCGAGAGAUAUUUUGCAAGAUUUAUGCUUCGUCAAGCUUUGAAAUUGCGAUAUUGGGUUGCAGCUGGUGUUUUUAGUGGUUCCGUUGCAGCCAGUAACCGAUAUGAGGAAUGGAAAAAAAGUUUGCCAGAACUUUCUUUACCAGACUGGAUCAAAAUGGAUGAGAAACGAGUGAAUGAAUAUAAAAAUUUCUAUAAUGAAGCGAAAUCAAAAUGGUUGACUAAAGAGCAAUUAUGGGUGAAGAAUUUACAAAUGAAAAUGGGUGGUUUACAAAAUAUGUGGAAAUUGGAGCCUAUUGAAGACGAUUCUUCAAGUGGAAUUCCAGAUUCCGAGCCACAAGACGGUCAUUUCUUUUCUGGAUUAGAUUUUAUGGCUCAAAAUGGUGAAUGCAUAUAAGUUAAACGACAUUUUGCAAAAGAUAAUGCACCCAAAACACUUUUUUCAUCUUUGUCGGAUGCAUUCAAAAGGAAGAAGAAUGUGUCCGAACGUGAAGAAAAUGAAUACACAAAGAUGAAUGAAACCGAGAGAAUUCAGAAGCUGCAAGAGGACAUGCUGAAAACUCAGAGUCAGUAUCAACGAGAACUCGAAAGAUUGGAGAAAGAAAAUAAAAAUUUGAAGCAGAGACUAUUGCUGAAAGAUCAAGGUGCCUCACGGAGACUGAAAAAAAUGAAGAGAUCUUUGAUCGAUAUGUACUCGGAAGCGCUCGAUCUGCUCACUGAAUAUGAUUCAUCGUACAAUACAGCCGAUAAUUUGCCACGUGUAGUUGUCGUUGGGGAUCAAAGUUCCGGUGAUUUAUUCCUGGAAAAUUUUGUGGUAAUUAAUCCAGAAAAAACAUGUUGAAAAACAUCCGUCUUAGAAAUGAUAGCUCAGGCUCGAAUAUUUCCUCGUGGAUCAGGCGAAAUGAUGACGAGAGCUCCAGUGAAGGUAACUCUAAGUGAAGGACCGUAUCACAUUGCUUGCUUCAAAGAUAGCACUCGCGAGUUUGACCUAACAAAAGAAUCAGAGCUGAAACAGCUGAGAAAUGAAAUCGAAAUAAGAAUGAGAAAUUCAAUUGCCGGUGGUAAAACGGUAUCUAGUGAAGUAAUUGCUCUGACAGUCAAAGGUCCAUCUCUUCCACGAAUGGUUUUGGUUGACUUGCCGGGCGUUAUAUCAACGGUGACGGUUGAUAUGGCUAAAGAAACGAAGGAUGAUAUUGUUAAAAUGUGUAAAACAUAUAUGGAAAAUCCAAAUGCUAUCAUCUUAUGCAUACAAGAUGGUUCCGUUGAUGCUGAACGUAGCAAUGUAACAGAUCUUGUGAGCGCUAUUGAUCCUGUCGGUGAAAGAACUAUUUUAGUAUUAACUAAGGUUGAUUUGGCGGAAAAGAAUUUUGCAAAUCCUGAUCGAAUAAAGAAAAUUCUGGAAGGGAAGUUGUUUCCUAUGAAAGCUCUGGGCUAUUAUGCCGUUGUCACAGGUAAAGGCUCGAGCACUGAAAGCAUUGAAUCCAUUAUAAAAUAUGAAGAAGAAUUCUUCGCCAGAUCUAAACUUUUCAAAGAUGGUGUCUUAAAGCAUUCACAAGUGACAACCAGGAAUAUGUCUUUGGCUGUAUCGGAUUGCUUCUGGAGAAUGGCUGAUGCAUUUCGUGCAACACGUUUUAAUCUUGAAACUGAGUGGAAGAAUAAAUUUCCGCGAAUACGCGAAUUGGAUCGUGAUGAAUUAUUCGACAAAGCGAGGGGUGAAAUAUUAGAUGAAAUAGUUAACUUAUCACUUGUACCAGCAGAACAAUGGGAAAAUUUUUUGAAGAAGAGACUAUGGGAUGCAGUUGCAAGCCAUAUCUUUGAUCAAAUUUUGAUGCCUGCUUGCUCUGUUGAUAAUGCUGGUACUUUCAAUACAUUGGUAGAUAUCAAAAUGAAACACUGGGCUGAUAAAGAUUUAGCGAGCAAAUCGAUACAAACUGGAUGGGAAAUUCUGUCGGAGCUGUUCAGAAAGCAAAUGGAAGAUGACGCAAAACAUCGCAAAGAUAAAGAUAAUGAUGUAUUUCAUAGGCUAAAACAUGCUGUCUUAGAAGCUGCGUUAAGUGAACAUCAAUGGGAUAGCAAAGCUAUGGAUUACUUGAGAGUUAUUCAGCUGAAUGCAAUGGAGGAUCGCGUUGUACCCGAUCAUCGUUCAUGGGAUAACACCAUCGAAUUUAUGACGUCAGCCAUACGAGAUCGUUUAUCUGAGACUCGCAAAUUGAUAGAUGAAUCGCGUGGUCCUUCAUUUUGGGCACGUUGGAUUUACUGGAAAACACCGACUGCUGAAAAUAAUUUGGCUGAUGCAGUCCAGGAGGAGUUGAAGAACAUAUUAAUGCAAAAUCCCGAUCAUCCUCAGUCAUUGUUGGACGAUGAUUUGACUAUUAUAAGAAGAAACCUAGAAGCAAAAGGUUUAAAGGAAUUGAGCAAUGAACUGACGGCUGUGGAGUGCCGAAAUUUCUAUCCACAUUACAAACUCGGUUUCGAUGAUACAGACGUGGAUUGUCAGGCAGUGGUACUCUUUUAUAGAAUACAGAAAAUGAUCGAUUUAACAUGCAGUGCAUUACGACAACAAAUCACAAAUACGGAACAAAGAAGACUGGAGAAAGAAAUUAAGGAUGUCUUAGAUGAAUGGGCUCAUGAUAUAGACAAGAAGAAAGAAUAUUUAACUGGUAGACGUGUUGAACUAGCUGAAGAAUUAAAGCAGGUGCGUCAUAUCCAGGAAAGGCUGGAGGAGUUUAUAGUACAACUGCAACAGGAAAAAUCAUCUUGA